AUGAAAUUUAUUGCUCUUAUAUCAGGAGGAAAAGAUAGUAUUUUUAACAUCUACAAAGCAAUUUAACAAGGACACGAAUUAGUAGCUGUUGCUAAUUUGUAUCCUGCUUAAAUAGCAAUGGAAUAAGACAGUUAUAUGUAUUAAUCAGUAGGUACAAAUAUGGCAGAAGCUAUUGCUGAAUGCUUAUAAAUUCCUUUAAUAAAAAGAUAAUUGAAAGGAAAACCUAUAGUGCAAGAUUUAUAUUAUACAGGAACUGCUGAAUAAAAGAAAGAUGAUGAAGUAGAAGAUUUAUAUGAACUUUUAUUAGAAGCAAAAUAAAAAUGGGAUUUCAAAGGAGUUUCUUCAGGUGCGAUAGCUUCAACUUAUUAAAAGUUAAGAAUAGAAGAUGUGUAAUAUUAAUUUUUAUUUUUUUAGUAAAUAUGUUAUUUUAAUAAAUAAAGUUGCAAAAGACUUGAUUUGGAAAGUUUAGUUUUCCUUUGGGGAAGAAAUUAAUAAGAAUUAUUGAAAGAAAUGAUUGAUAGUGGAAUGAACUCUAUUUUGAUUAAAGUUGCUUCUUAUGGAUUAGGUAAAUAACAUCUUGGAAUGUCUUUAAGAGAUAAUUAUGAUUAAAUUAUUGAAUUGAGUUAAAAAUGCAAUCUUAAUAUUUGUGGAGAAGGAGGUGAAUAUGAAUCUUUAACUUUAGAUUGUCCUCUUUAUAAGAAGCGAAUUGCUAUGUAAAUAAUUUAUUUAUUUUAUAAAACUUUUUUUUAUUAGAGAUGAAACAGAUAUACAUAUUCAUUCAGAAGACAAAUAUGCGCCUGUUUUUUAUUUAUUUAUUAAAAAAUACUCCUUAGUAGAUAAAAACUGAUACCAAAUAUUUAUAUUUAUAAAAUAAAAGAAUUCUAUUU